AUGCGUGCGCCAAGGCUGUCGUUUUCAGAAGAGUUCAGAGACGAGUGGGACAAGGAGAACAAAGACCCAAUCAAGCUAGAGUUCUCUCCGAGGACCAUACGGCACAGGCCAUCGAGACAGGACAUAGGAGAAGCGCUGGAAGCAGAGAAACAGAGAAGAAUGCAGCCCGCAAAGCCGCUAAGACAGUCGUGGCUGGAUGAUCUGCUGAGGAUGUAG